GGGAAGGAGAAGGCUGGGGCUUCUGUGGGCCACUUCAGAGUCUGUCACCAAGAAAGUUGUAGGAAUGAACACAUGAAUGAAGACACAGACACUGAGAGUCUACUAAAAAGCAUGGGGGGAAGGAAGAUGGCAAGAGACGAGGAGAGUGCCUAUGGCUCAGAGGAGAACUUGCAGGAGCCCCCACUGAGGCUCAUCCUGGUGGGCAGGACCGGGACUGGCAAGAGUGCCACUGGCAACACCAUUCUGGGCCAGAACUGCUUCCUGUCCAGGCUGGGUGCAGUGCCUGUCACCAGAGCCUGCGCCUGGGCCAGCAGGAGAUGGGCUGGCUGGCGCGUGGAGGUGGUGGACACUCCAGAUAUCUUCAGCUUCCAGACCCUGCGAACUGACUCCACAUGCAUGGAGACUGCCCGCUGCCUCUUGCUGUCUGCGCCCGGGCCUCACGCCCUGCUGCUGGUCACCCAGCUGGGUCGCUUCACCUCACAGGACUGCCAGGCGCUGGCUGUGGUGAAGAGGGUGUUUGGAGAGCAGGUGAUGGGGCGGACCAUCGUGGUGUUCACUCGCAAGGAGGACCUGGCAGGAGACUCCUUUCAGGAUUACGUGUACUGCACAGACAACCAUGCCCUGCAGGAGCUGGUGGCCGAGUGCGGGGGCCGCGUGUGCGCCCUCAACAACCGUGCCACAGGCCAGGAACGCGAGGCACAGGCUGAGGAGUUGCUGGGCCUGGUAGCACGCCUGGUGAGGGAGCGCGGGGGCACGCACUACUCUAAUGACUUGUAUGAGCUGGUGGGGGCCCUGCGGGGUAGUGACCCACAAGGCCAACUCGCCCAGGUGGCAGAGAAGGUGGCAGCAUGCCGAGAGAAGCCCCUGAGCACCUGGAGGCUAGCUGGGCUGUGGGGAUGGCUGAAGUCCUACAGGAAGGGCUGGAGAACUGGUGUGACACUCUUCCUGGGUGUGGCCCUCAUGACCUACCUGCUGUUCUACAGAAAGGUCCAGGCCGUUGGGGACCAGAAUAACAGAUAAAGCUGAGCUUAGAAGAUGUUGUGAGUAGGAAGGAGGUCUUUUAAAAACUAAAUACUUAGAACUCUGCUCAGGGCUUUAGUGACUCGCAGUAUGGGCAUCAUGACACCAACUUUGCCAAGGCUCCGAGGUGCUGAGUCUCAGCUUUGACUAUGUGCAUUCAGAGUUUUAUAAAUAAAUUUGUCCAACUAAAGCUUUCUUUAGACAGUCCAUUAUUCUUGUGGACCAUUCUUCCCUUAAAAAGCUAAAUAAACCUGGUAGCUUGUAAACAGAGAAAAAGGCACAGCACAGGGAGAGCAAGCAUUUUAUUUUCUUUAUUAAAAUGUUUUUAUUCUUUGAGAUUUUAAUAUAAUAUAUGUUGGCCACAUUCUCUCACUUUCCCCCAAGUCCUCCAAAUCCUCCCCACCUCUCUUCUCUCAGCACCUCACGUUCUCUGUCCAGCGACAUGAAGUUGGAUUUCUUGGCCAUCUACUCUGGGCCAUGA